GCCGCAGCUGAUGUGUGCGCUGCUGCCGCUCCUGCCAUCAUGAAUAUUACUCUCUCACGGCUGUUCAUGGCGUUAUAAUGAUCCUUAAUGCUAGUCUAGGCACUAAAAGGUUCGUCAUGUCCGCAUGGUUGUAAAUUAUUGCUUCGCAUGAUAAGAUUUCAGUAUCAAGAAGCUCUAAACAUCAGAAUACAUAAGUGUGGAAGAUUUUACCACAACAAUGUCUAUGAAAAUAUCUGCACGGUUCCAUCGAGGUAACCCGCAUAUUGUCGAUGAGAAAAUGCAGAACGGACAUGCCACUACUGUCUACAUAGGAGAAGGACCUGGAGUCGUGUCGUCCUCUUGUACGACAUCAGAGAAGACAACAUCUGAAAAGCAGUCUACCAUCCCAGACACUGGUGUGUCUGGGAUGUGGUUGAGCGGGCGGGAAGGGGGCGGGCUGCCUUGGGAGGAGGUGGCCCGUCUUCUGCUCGCAGAUCCUAAUGUUGGCCUCCCCUCCCGAGAGGUUGUUACUCGUAGACAGCUAGUUGGCUACAAUGAGUUCUCCGAGACAGAAGAUGACCCUCUCUGGAAAAAAUAUCUGGGCCAGUUCAAGGAACCAUUGAUACUACUAUUGUUGGCAUCAUCAUUUGUAUCCCUUUGUAUGGGCCAAUUUGAUGAUGCCGUUGUCAUCACUCUUGCGAUUGUGAUAGUAGCAACAGUGGCUUUUAUUCAAGAACUGAGAACGGAUAAAGCGUUAGAAGAGUUAAAGAAACAGGUUCCCGCUACUUGUACGUGUCUUCGUGAUGGAAAUGUGCGAGAGUAUCAGGCUAGGGAAUUAGUCCCAGGGGACAUUGUUCACCUUAAUAUUGGAGACAGAGUCCCAGCAGAUCUGAGGUUGUUUGAGGCAUCAGAUCUGAGUAUUGACGAGUCCAGUUUCACAGGGGAGACCGAGCCUGCACCUAAGAUGAGCAGUAUAGUUGGCACUGGCCCGUACAGUACAUCGGGAAGCAUGCACAACCUUGCAUACAUGGGGACAUUUGUCCGCACAGGCCGGGGGAAGGGAAUUGUAAUAAGUAUAGGAGAAAAAUCACAAUUUGGUGAAUUGUUUCGAAUGAUGCAGGAUGAGGAAGCGCCCAGGACACCCUUGCAGAACAACAUGGAUGAAUUGGCCAAAAAGCUCUCCAUUUUUUCCUUUGGUUUCAUUGGAAUUGUGUUCGUUCUGGGAUUGUACCAAGGCAUUCCUAUUCACAAGAUAUUUAACAUAGCAGUAAGUUUAGCUGUUGCUGCCAUACCGGAAGGGCUGCCAAUUGUAGUCACAAUGACAUUGUGUCUGGGCAUACGUCGCAUGGCUCAACGCUCAGCUUUGGUGAAGGGCUUGCACACGGUAGAAACUCUUGGGUGUGUUACAACUGUAUGUUCUGACAAAACUGGAACCUUGACUAAGAAUGAAAUGACCGUGACCUCUAUUGCCACAUCGGAAGGGGAUGAAUGUCACAUGACUGGAGUUGGCUAUUCUACUGACGGUGAAGUUGUGUUUGAAAGUGGAUACUCGGAACUGGCUUACGAGGCUGUUACCAAACUGCUAGAGACAGGUGCUGUUUGUAAUAAUGCCCAGAUCAUAGGAGGCCAGUUACUUGGGCAGCCUACAGAGGGGGCUAUUCUCGCUGCUGCUAUCAAGCAUAGAAUAUAUAACGCAAGAGAUAAAUAUCAGAGACUUGAGGAAAUCCCAUUCAAGUCGGAAACAAAAACAAUGUCGGUGAAAGUGAAAAAUAAAAGGACCGGAGAGGUGGAGUGGCUGGUAAAGGGUGCAAUUGAAGCAGUAUUACGGGCCUGUACUCACUACCAUCAAAAUGUGGCUCUACUUCCACUAUCACAGGAAAAGCAGCAUCAGAUUUUGUCUGCAAGUCUUGAACGUGGGCGGCAAGGACUCCGAGUCCUUGGAAUAGCUCGUGGUCCGUCUUUAUCGGAGCUGAGCUACAUGGGCAUGUUGGGAAUCAUGGACCCCCCGAGAGAAGGUGCUCGGUCGUCAGUGACCACACUGCAGUCCACCGGUGUCAAAGUCAAAAUGGUCACUGGCGAUGCUCAAGAAACGGCUUGUGCUAUAUCUCAAGCUGUUGGUCUUCAUGUGCAUCCAGGAACAGUUUUCUCUGGGGAUCAGAUGGACAACAUGGAUGACAGGGUGCUACUGGGUUUGGUACAAGAUGCAACCGUCUUUUAUCGUGUGUCGCCCAGACAUAAACUACGUAUUAUUAAGGCUCUUCAGGAGUGCGGAGAAAUUGUGGGUAUGACAGGAGACGGAGUGAACGAUGUUGUUGCUCUGAAACGUGCUAAUAUUGGAAUUUCCAUGGGCAAGAUGGGUUCAGCAGUUAGUAAAGAAGCUGCCGAUAUGAUUCUCAAUGAUGAUGAUUUCACCACUAUAUUAUCAGCAAUUGAGGAAGGAAAGUGCAUUUUUCACAAUAUCACCAACUUUGUGCAAUUCCAAGUGAGCACUAGCCUAGUCGCUCUCAGCCUCAUCGCGCUCUCUACGCUCUUUGGCCUCCCCAGCCCCCUCAAUCCCAUGCAGAUUCUGCUAAUUAAUGUAAUCAUGGAUGGGCCACCAGCACUUACUCUUGGCAUGGAGCCUAUUGAUGAUGAUGUUAAGGUCCAGCCUCCCCGAGACACUACAAAAGAUCUGAUUACAAAGAAACUCAUCAGGAACUGCGUCAUAUCGGCCUCGGUCAUAAUUUGUGGAACAUUAUGGGUCUUCAGAUCUGAAAUGAGUGAUGGUGUCGUGACCGCACGAGAUACAACCAUGACUUUUGCCUGCUUUGUAAUGUAUGAUAUGUUUAACGCCAUGUCUUGUCGUUCCGAUACCAAGUCAGUAUUAGAGAUAGGCAUCACUUCUAACUGGUACCUCUUUGUCGCUCUUACGGCUACAAUGGGCUGCUUGCUUUGUGUCGUUUACCUUCCCUUCCUCCAGUGGGUGUUUCAGACGGAGGGCAUUCACAUCUCGGAUUGGAUGUAUCUAAUUUGCCUCACUUCUACAGUCCUCAUUGUGUCGGAAUUCCGAAAGUUUCUCGACCGUCGUCACGAAUGCUCUUCUGCAAUAUUUUCUACCAAAGGAUUUUGGUCUUCUAAGAAAUCCUUAAAAACAACAUGGGUGGAUGAUGUGUAAGUUUUAGGUUAAUACUGUAUGCAAAACUGAAAGUGUGUGAAUGCUGAAAGCAAAUAUGUGGCUAAUGUACAGAAAAGUGUCCCUAUUUAAGGAUGAGCUGCAUUUGGGUAGAAUUUUCAUAUUCUGUAUAGUGUGUUCAGAACCCAAUGAAGAAUCUUGAAAUGAGCCCCUGUGCCUCUGCCUCCUAUCAUAAACCUUUAAGCAUUUUAUAAAAGAGUGCAAUAUUUCCUUCAUGAUAUUUUCAUUUUAUUUUAAAAGAGUGUAAUCGCUGGAGUUUUGCAAGGCUAAAUUUAGCUUUGUGUGCUAAAUGUCAAGUAUCAUUAUUUGAUGAAGGUUUAUGACAAUAUUCUUGUAUUGUCAAGUGUGAUUUUUCAGUUCAUAUGACAGGUCUGGAGGAGUAUGUUAUGUGAAAGGCAUUCGUUCAACUGGUGAAGUUUGUUUACUUACAUAACACAAAGUUGCCAUAAUAAGCUCGUGCUCAAGGAUACCUGCAUAUUGCAGGACUUUUUACCCUUCAACAAAAGAGAUACACAAGAAUUUCAUAAUGAUUCCUAUAUAUGAUGAUUUGAUCUCAUACUUGCAUGUAAAUGGGGAAAAAAAAAGAUCAGCUAAAUAUUAGCUUCUCUUUCAUAUAUUUGUGGAAGUUUUAACGAAAUGUCAUAAUUCAUGUUGACGCGAUUCAACACAGGUAUUUGCAAAUUAAACGAGAUGAUACAUAUUGUUCAGUAUUAUAUUUUUGUACCGGGAAACCUUCAGAAAUUGUCAACAUGGUCAAUUCAGUGAAGAACGCAGAAUAUAUUUUUUAUUUUCCUUUAGUAUUUUGUCUCGUAAAGCCACAAUGGUGCUGCUUAUAAGCUUGUAAACUCCGAGAAGAAGAGAAACAAGGAUUUUGUCUUUAGUGUGAGAUGUACCCUUGAGAACAUCUUAAAAAAUAGAUAAAUGUUUAGAAAAUCUUGUUUUUGUUGUGUGUGGGUGUACGAGUUGUAAUAAUUUAUAAGUACAGUACAGUAAUUAUAAAUGGUAACUUGACUUUUCAUUUGUGUUAGUCAUGAAUGAGUCCUUAACUAGAUCCAGUGUCCUAUAAUGUGGAUGAAUUUUUGUCAAUAUUUGACUAUUAAUAUUUUAAUUUUAAUGUAAUAUCUACAAUUUUGUUAGUAUGAAAAUUUGUACAUCUAGAUAGCAUGAUAGGAAGUUUGCAUUUAAAUUAUAACAGCUUUACAAAUAAAGAAUUUUAUAAUAAUUUUAAUGAUUUGUACAAAAAUAAUAAAAUAAAAAAAUAUUAAGAUGCAGCUUUCAUAUACAGUAUUAAAAUUUUUAAUGAUACACAAAGUGUAAAUAAAUCCAUUAUGAUCUGACUUGCAACUGUUGUUUGGGUAAUUAAUAUACUUUUGACACGUUAUAUGUACCAAGUUGCAUGAAGCUAAACCAGAAAUACUGUUUAUAUUUUUAUUUUUGUAUUGUAGGUACAAGGAAGUGAUUUUCUAUCUUAUAACAUUUUAUACGUUAACAUUAGUAAAGGGCUUUUUCAGUUUGUUUCUCCAUUUUAACCAUCAGUGGUGGAUCUAGUGUAUGGCAAGUAUGGCACUUGCCCUGGGGGCCACUUGAAGGGGGCACUACUAAGCACUUUCAAUUAAAGUCAGAUAACUACCCUUGGAUAGUGAAAAAAAAAAUUCUUCCAAGGUAUGAUCUGUCUUUGAUUAUACAGUAUUAUUAUUAUUAUUAUUAUUAUAUGUAAUUAAAGGAUUUAUUUCUUUUAACUACAUAAAAUAUAAUAGUAAUAAUAUUGUGUUAUGGCACCACCGCUGACAAUGAUUUAAGGAAGAAGUGCGAAAAAUUGGGCGAAUUGUAGAGCUGUGACGUUGAUGGGCAGCAGCUAUAUGGAGACAUUUUGGAUUGCAGAACGUUACUAUCAAGUCAAGCAACGUGAAAAUAUCAAAACCCGAAGAGCUUCUCAAAUUUAUUGUUCAGUGUGAAUCUGAGUGUGUCUUUUCUAAACUUUGCAUUGCCAUUAAGAUAAUGCUAACCAUCGCAGUUCCCAGCGGCAGCUGUGAGAGGUCAUUCAUCAAGUUAACAUUAAUACUUUAAUAUUUGAGAUCCUCCCUGGGCUAAGGCAGACUGUGAUCUAGCUCUACUAAGUGUAGAAAGAAAAGAAACUAAAAUAAAAACUGACUUUGACCACAUCAUAGACCAAUUUGCAUCAGUGAAAGCAAGCAAGGUGCAGUUGUAAUUUACAUGUAGUGUCAUAAUUUGACAAUUAAAAAAUUAACAAACGUGA